CCAGGCGUUUGCAAAAGCGUCUUCGCUUCGCCGCUCAUCAUGGCUGAUAACGUGCGGCCCAGCAGUUUUUAGCUUUGCAAUGCUGGAGCGAAAAUCUGCUGCUAUGUUAAGAAACUGAUUGUUUUGUUAUCGGCCCAGAAACGGACUUUUUGGAGCUCGAAGAGAAGGAGUAGUUAUUGAUCACUGCACUUCGCAUAUGAAUACCAAAAAGACACUUGACAUGGGAGACGUUUUGACUUAUGAAGCGGAUUUACUGGGGAUGGUUAAGGAGUACCUGAGGUUUGGUGAAUUUGAAGAAACUCUUAAACUGUUUGAGAAAGAGUGCAAAAUGAAGGGGAAGCCAUCUCCAAGAUCUUCAGGGAACCUUCUGAAGGAUGCUAAAGUGUUAGCCGUGCAGCAGGACCUCUUAUCUUCCUUUGAUGAUGGAGAUGUGAAGGUCUUCUUCGAGCUCUGGAAUGCGCACAUUCCCACCGACAUCCGAGACUUUGACCCAGUUGCCCAGAAAUUGGAGUUCUACAUUCAGAUCCAUUUCGCCAUCUUCCCUUUGAAACACUCCCUGGGAAGAUCCGACAGGGUUAACUUUGAGGAACGGAUCACACACUUCAAGCACUACCUGGAGACCAGAGGAGCGACGCUAAGCCAGACCACUGAGUUCCUGCCCUUUUAUGCCCUGCCUUUUGUGCCCAAUCCAGUGGCACAUCCCUCAUUCAAAGGCCUCUUCCAGGAGUCCUGGAUGCCAGAGCUGAAAAGAAAGCUAGAAAGGUUUUUGUCUGUGACCCUGAAAGCCUCCGGGACUCCGAGGCUGCUUACUUUGUAUAAGGAAGGCGGGAAGGACAACAAAGUGGGGUUGCGACAGCUGCAGCUGCAACUGGCCGAUGCAGAGAGAAGGGCGACCAGCUACAUGAAGAAGUUUGGCAAGAUGCAGACCGACUACCACAACCUCAUUGGCGUCACCGCCGAGCUGGUGGACUCCCUGGAAGCCACAGUCAGUGGGAAAAUGAUCUCCCCGGAAUACCUGCAGAAUGUGUGCGUUCGACUUUUCAGUGGCCAGAUGAGGCGGAGCAGUGCGCAGAGCGUGGAUUUCACCAGACCCGGCACUGGAUAUUUCUCUAUGAGCCCUUAUGACAAUGAUGAUGGAUAUGCCUCAUCCCUGCUGAGAGCAUCCGUUGCACCUCCCAAGCCUAAAGAUGUGCCGUUGCUACCGUCUCUGGACUAUGAAAGGCUGAAGAGGGACCUGAGCGGCGGCACGGACAGGCUGAAAGCGCUGCUGCUGCAGGCGCUGCGAUGGAGGCUGACUCGAUCCCUUCCCGGUGAGCAGAGGGACACGGUGCUGCAGGCCUUUAUUGCGAACGAUCUCCUGGAUCGCCACACAAAUGGCCAGAAAGGUGUCCUACAUCUGAUGAAGUCGAGCGACGAGGUUGUCAGGCAGUACACGGCACGGCUGCUUAACGCCUUUGCUUCCCUCUCUGAAGGACGCAUGUACCUCUCAGACAUCCCUUCCCUGAUGAAAAUUUUGGAACGUUCUUUGAAGACUGAGAGGAAGGAUUCAGUGACGAGGGAGAAUGUUCUAGGUGCUUUGCAGAAGCUCAGUCUCAGGAGGCCUCAGCAGUCGGCCAUGAUCGAGCACGGGCUGAUCUCCUGGCUGGUGGAUGAGCUGCAGGAGCCGGACAGUCUGUCAGACUAUACUCUGGAGUACUCCGUGGCCCUGCUCAUGAACCUCUGCUUACGAAGCCAAGGCAGGAGGAAGUGUGCCGAGAGAGCUGACCAAGUACUGAGGAUCCUCACAGAUCUCCUGGGACACGAAAACGAUGAGAUCCGGCCGUACGUGAAUGGCGCUCUGUACAGCAUCCUGGGCAUCCCUGCUGUGAGGGCCAAAGCCAGGGAGAUGAGCCUGGAAGAGAUACUGCGCUGCUACGCUAAGGAGGGAAAUCCUGAGCUGAGCCGGCAGAUAGAGUUCAUCAUCAAGCAGCUCAAUUCAGGGGAAGCAUCUGAAGAUGGACCUGAAUCGGAUGAUGAAGAGGAAGAGGAUGAUGACGAGGAAGAUGCAUUGGAGGCAGACCUCGACAAAGAGGAGGUGCUUCAGCUGGAGCUCGAGGAGCUCUCAGGAGAAUUGCUCCUCACCACGGAGUACCUAGGGAUCAUGACCAAUGUGGUCAGAUCCAAGAGGAGGACAGCUACCCCACUGGGCCAGAGCAUCGACGAACCUCUUCAACGGCCAGUGACCCCCAGCUCACACCGAAAUGUCUACAUGGUGGACUUUCGUGCAGGCAGUAACUUCCAGCCCCCGCUGUCCCGCCGGAGGAGCAAGGACAGCCUGCCCUGCACUGACUCCCGGCCCCCGACUCGCAGCAGCAGUACAAACUCUGUGCACCCAUCGCUGGCCAUGGACUCGGAGAGUGAGCGCUCCUCUCAGGAGUUCGGUUUGAGCCGGCGCUUUGACGCCCCUCCCCAGCUGGCAGGGGGGGGGUACACUGGCAGCUUCAGCAGGUCUGGUAUUGCUGAAUGGCUUAUGGACUUAUUAUACUGGAAUGCUGUUACGUCUGGAGUGAUGACAUUCCCAGCUCCGACUUUCAGCCUCCAAGCGAUCAUAUUCCUGGAUUCACUAGCCGGCCAAAAAUUCCCCGGACUCCAGACAACGAUGGAACAAGUCCCCGUAGGCCCCGAGCCUUGGCCCCAGCCUCAGCCCCCGCUCCUACAUUCUCAUCAUCGGGCCCACAGCAGGCCAGCAGACCCAGUUCUGCUAAUUCUCUGGGCAGGAGCAACAGACAUAGUCAUCAGUUGUCAAGGAAGUGAAGGUGUACCUUUCACCAUGAGUGUCCAUCCGUUCUCACCAGAAGAUGCUCCAACUUCCUGUGACUCAGAAGGUCCAAUAAGCGGCUCCUCAACAUCAAGAUACUGUAAAUCUUUUGGCUCUAGCACCACAACAUUUGAAACGCAUUCAAUUGAGAUCCAAGAGCAUGCAGUCAACACCAGUAAUCAAACAAGUGCCUUUUAUAUUUUGCUGGAAUAAAAUGCUUGCGUGCAGUUUCAGAAUUUUCCUUCAUUUGCUGACCACACUCCCAUUGUUUUGUAUGACAUUGGCUUUGAUUUUACUGACCUCAUUUUAAGGUGAAUAAUCAGUGAAUGUCUGUUAUAAUAAUGUUGUGUGGAGUGCAAGACUUUGAUGCUAUUCUAAAAAGACCUGCUAAUUGCACAUUUUUGAUCCAUCCAAAUGAUUUCUGAAAUCUCUCUCUUGUCAGAAGUCAGUAUAUUGGGUUCGGCUUGGUGGUGCAGACAUGUGGUUGCUUUGGUGACAUUGUCCUUUCCCCCGUGACCUGCCUGAAUUCCUCUUUGUGAUGCCUCUAUGAUUGUUAGCUCACUUUUCUCCUCGCUGCUGCCUGCUGGAGGGAAGCUUGCCCUGAAAAAAUUAUUGUAUAUGUUCUCUGUCUGUCUGUCUGUUCCACUCAAACAUUGUUUAAAAAAAAUGAGUGAAGUAUUCAGAUAUGCAGUCUCCCUUUAACAGUAUUUUCUAGUUUUUUAUUUUUGUUUGCAUGUUCUCCCCGUGUCAUCAUGGGGUUUCCUCUGGGUCCUCCAGUUUCUCUCCCCCCCACUGUCCAAAAACAUGCUGAGGUGACUUGGAGUGCGAAGGUUUGGUAUCCCAUCCUGGUUUGCUUCCUGCAUUGUGCCCAUAGCUUCUGCGACAGGCUCCAGACCCCCCGCAACCCUGCAUAGGACAAGUAGCUAUGGAUGGAUGUUUACAUUUUUUACAAGUGUUCUGUAUUUUUCCAAAAGCUUAAGGACACAUUUGAUAUUAAUUUAUUGACCAGCUUCUGCAAAGGGCGGAUAUAGACAUAUCAGACAAAUUAAGUCUUGCUAUUUUUUGCAGCCUGACUUGUUUUCAGCUUAAUUCAAUUCCACACAAUUCUUUAUGGUCCUUAUGUUCACCUGGUAGUCAUGCAAUAUUUAAUCUUCGUUUUCAUUUAGCUAUGCUUUAUACUAGUGGUAACAAAAUAAGAAUGAUGUAAUUUGUUAUUUCUGUGACCUUUGCAUUUGCAUAUUGUUUUUUCAGUCCUUCAUUCUGCAUUUCCAGAAACAACAUUUCUACAUGUAAUUCUUAUUAUACUCUACCUUUGAUUUUUACAGUAUGGGAAGGUUAUACUUUGGUAUUAUAAGUUGCCCUAGCAUUACCAUAAUUGCUAGACCUCGUUAUAUGUGUGUUUGUGUGAGAGAGACUUUUCUUUGUGUUGCAUUUUAUUUCUGAUGUAUUGAAUAGUUAUUUUUGUACAAGUGAUAAAUUUGUGGCGUGAAAAA